AUGCCAACAGUCUUCGUCUCCAACAUAGGUCUUUCGCCAUGUCCGUUUCUUCCUCCACCUUCAAAUCCCAAAUACCCACAAAAUUGCUUCCAACCCAUCAACCGCCGUGACCUCCUUACUUCACUCGCCCUCUCUAUCACCCCAUUCUUCACUCCUCACCUCACUGACUCCCCAAGCUCCAUGUCAGUGCCUCUCUCUCAAGCUCGUGGACUCUUCCAAAUGCCCCCGUUUCGCAUCAGCAACAG